CCCUGGUUUCGUUUAUUCAUGUGUCUGUUAGAGAUUGGAUUCUCCCUCCCUGUAUCAAACUACCCUCCCCCAACUCAAUAACCAGAGUUGUUCGAGAGUUGUUGAUACUAGAGGAAAUGAGUCUCCCUGAAACCGAGGGGAAGACCCUCUCGGACGCUUGGGACUACAAGGGCCGAUCCGCCGAGAGAUUCACAACGGGCGGAUGGACAAGUGCAGCCAUGAUUCUAGGGGUGGAGUUGUGUGAGAGGUUAACCACGUUGGGGAUCGCCGUGAAUUUGGUGACUUACUUGACGGGUACCAUGCAUUUGGGCAAUGCCACCUCCGCCAACAACGUCACCAACUUCCUCGGCACCUCUUUCAUGCUUUGCUUGCUCGGCGGCUUCAUCGCUGAUACAUUUCUCGGCAGGUACCUCACCGUAGCCAUUUUUGCUACUGUUCAAGCCACGGGUGUGACAAUCUUGACAAUCUCCACUAUCGUCCCAAGCCUCCGACCUCCCAAGUGCACAGCCGGGGAAGUCUGCGUGCAGGCAAGCGGGCUACAAUUGACGGUACUAUAUCUGGGGCUGUACCUCACGGCGCUGGGCACCGGUGGCCUGAAAUCGAGCGUAUCGGGGCUUGGGUCAGACCAGUUCGACGAAUCGGACCCAAAGGAAAGAGCCCAGAUGACAAACUUCUUCAAUUGGUUCUUCUUCUUCAUAAGCAUCGGAUCUCUGGCAGCGGUGACCAUCCUCGUGUACAUACAGGACAACCUAGGGAGACAUUGGGGAUACGGCAUCUGCGUCUCGGCCAUCCUGCUCGGCCUCCUCGUCUUUCUGUCCGGCACGAGAAGGUACCGGUUCAAGAAGCUGGCAAGUAGCCCAUUGACGCAGGUAGCGACCGUUUUCGUCGCCGCCUGGAGGAAGAGAAAGAUGGAGUUGCCGUCUGAUCCGUCGCUCUUGUAUGACGUUGGCAACAGUGUGAACGAUGGGCAGAAGAGGAAGAAGCAAAGGCUCCCUCAUAGCAAACAGUUCCGUUUUCUAGACAAGGCGGCAAUCAAGGACCCCAAUGGCCAGACGCAGAGUGGGAGCUGGAACACCGUCGAGAACCGGUGGAGCUUAUCAACACUAACCGACGUCGAAGAAGUGAAGAUAGUGAUCAGGAUGAUGCCCAUUUGGGCUACAACCAUCAUGUUCUGGACGGUUUAUGCUCAAAUGACCACGUUCUCUGUUUCCCAGGCAACCACCUUGAAUCGACACCUUGGCAGGUCGUUUCUGAUUCCUGCUGCAUCAUUGACCGUCUUCUUUGUUGGCAGCAUUCUCCUUACUGUUAUCGUCUAUGAUCGGGUCAUCGUUCCGGUUACUCGUAGAUUGUUUAACAACCCACGAGGCCUCACCCCCUUGCAACGUAUAGGUAUUGGUCUUGUCAUGUCCGCAUUGGCCAUGGUGGCUGCCGCACUCACCGAACUCAAACGGUUGAGAGCUGCAAGAUCCAACGGGUUGACGGAUAACCCAACAGCGGAGAUCCCUCUGAGUGUGUUUUGUUUGAUCCCUCAGUUCUUCCUGGUGGGUUGCGGUGAGGCAUUCACCUAUAUUGGGCAGCUCGAUUUCUUCCUUAGAGAGUGCCCUAAAGGGAUGAAAACCAUUAGCACUGGGUUAUUUUUGAGCACCAUUUCACUUGGCUUGUUUUUUAGUUCUUUCUUGGUUUCUCUAGUGCACAAAUUGACAGGGAACGGCAGGCCAUGGCUAUCGGAUAAUCUGAACCAGGGCAAGCUUUAUAACUUCUACUGGCUCUUGGCUGGUCUGAGUCUGCUCAACUUUGGCUUGUAUUUGGUUUGUGCUAGGUGGUAUGUGUACAAGGACACUAGGUUAGCUCAGGAGGGGAUUGAACUGGAAGAGAAAGAUGUGUCCUGCCAUGCAUAAACUCUUUUAAUUUUUUUCUUUUUCAUUUGGGUCUUCAGUUCAAUUCUUCAAAUGCUUUUGCUAGCUUGUUUUUGCCUUUUCCUGUUUUUGUAAUUACUUUCUUCAAAUGUAACUCGCUCUCUUUAAAUUUGUACAAGAUUAAGGAACAUAAGGAGUAAGAAAGAAUGUAAGCCCGAUGACAAAGGAUUAUGGAUAAUGGAAUUUUUGGGUUGCCUUUGACAGAA